UAUUUUUAUUUUGGUUUAUAGUACGCUUGAAGUAUUUGUUUGAAAAUCUAAUCAAUGACAAUAUACGAACUUGUAUUGCUUAUCUGCAUUCAUACCCCCCUCGAUUGUUUUUUAAGUAUUAAUGCCGAAAUAAUAAAGAUUAUCUUUUAAUCGUGUAUAUGUACUCGUAUAUAGAGUCAUAAUAUUCGUAUUGUUAUUAUUAAUCAGCGUUUGGACUUUGUCAUUCAAAGUCUCUAACAAGAAAGCCAAGAAAGCUUCCCAAAUUUCCAGUCCAUUCAGCGUUUCUUAUCGCAUAUGCACACAUGUAUAACUAAGUUUUGGUAAAUAUUUCCGAGGUUGGGAAUACACAGUAGAACGUAUAAGGUUUACGAUGGGUUGUUUUCAUAGAAGAACGUUCCAUCACGUUCGUAGUACGUGAGAUGUUCUCAUGCUUAAUCCAACAAAGUGAUACGAAUAUUAUGCCAUGAUCACGGAUUCGUACAGGCAGAGAAGUCCGAUGAAGCGGUCUCUGUUUUCUCGAACACCAUUCCUCGACAGUCUAAUCUUUUUGACGAUGGUAGACAGUUGCUAGCUGGUACUCGUAAUACCCUCAAAUACAGAUACAGUUUGAGUUUUGAUAUUUUAUCCGAGCUCGAUUACAUUAGAUUUCCCUGCUGGGUAUAUUCAAAAAUACCCGGCGAAGUGUAUUAUUGGAAAAAUUAAUGUAAAUCCGCUGAUAAUGUCGCAGUUUAGAGUUUAUUAGGCACUUUCGGUGGCUACUGUUAAACUGAAGCAACUGAUAAGAUUAAUCACAAAAAAACUUGACAAUAGAAUUCGCACCCGUUGGGAUCGCUGGAAUUACCGACCGAAGAAUUCAGUUUUUCAAAAAUGUUUCUUGCGCUUGGUUUGCUCGUGAUCGGGUCGGUUCUUACCGCCGCGGCGAUUAUAUACAAAUUGAAAUAUAAACAUUUAAUUGAUGUGACGCGCGAUAUACCCUCAGCGCCGACAUUGCCAAUUUUGGGACAUGCACAUUACUUCAUCAAUAAGCCAGCACAUGCGCAAAUUGAAAAACUGCGCGAAUUACUUGAAACCUAUGGUGGCACUAUGAAAAUAUGGCUUGGUCCCGAAUUGAAUAUUAUGAUGUCUGAUGUGAAAGAUGUGGAGGCAAUAUUGGGUUCGAUGACAUUCAUUGAGAAAGCGGGCGAGUAUAGAACGCUGGAACCAUGGCUAAAGGAGGGGCUGCUCGUGAGUCGUGGACGCAAAUGGCAUAAGAGGCGUAAGGCCAUAACACCGGCCUUCCAUUUCAAAAUCUUGGAUCAAUUUAUUGAAGUGUUCGAGCGACAAUCACGCACUUUGCUCGCGAAUUUAGAGCGCGAGCGCCGCUUGCAGGGCAGUAGUGGUUUCAAUUUAUACGACUGGAUAAAUCUCUGCACCCUGGAUACGAUUUGUGAAACUGCCAUGGGCGUAUCUGUGCAUGCGCAAACGAAUGCCGAUUCCGAAUACGUACAAGCCGUGAAAACCAUCUCCACUGUAACGCACAAACGCAUGUUCGACAUUAUCUAUCGCCUCGAUUUCACUUAUCGGUUCACCAAGCUAGCACGCGAAGAGAAGCUUGCUUUGGCUGUGCUACACGGUUUUACCGAGCGCGUUAUCUUGCAGCGCCGCGAAGAGCUGCUACGCGCUCAACAAAACACACAAAACGCUGCCGUCGACAAAAACCACACGAACGGUUACCCCGCGACCGACAAUGACGCCGAUGUGGGUGCCAAACGCAAACAAGCCUUUCUCGACAUACUCCUACAGUCGGAGAUCGACGGCAAGCCGCUGAGCAAUUUGGAUAUACGUGAAGAGGUGGACACAUUCAUGUUUGAGGGCCAUGACACCACUUCAUCGGCGAUCACUUUCUUCUUCUACAACAUUGCCACCUAUCCGGAGUGUCAGCAGAAGUGUUACGCGGAGAUUAUCGAUGUUUUCGGCACGGAUCCAAACAAACCGGUUACGCAUGAGGCGCUGAAUAACUUAUCAUAUGUGGAAUUGUGUAUUAAAGAGACGCUGCGCAUGUUUCCCUCGGUGCCACUCUUGGCGUAUAUACCGUUUUCCGCUGGUCCGCGUAACUGCAUCGGUCAACGUUUUGCCUUGUUGGAGGUAAAGAGUGUCGUCACAAAUGUGUUGCGUCAUUAUGAAAUCGAGUUUGUGGGCGAUAGCACUGAAGGACCGAUACUUAUAGCUGAGCUGAUACUGCGUACCAAAGAUCCUUUGAUGUUCCGUUUGAAACCGAGGGUGUACUAAGGAAAAUACUCGUAAAAUUGGCUGAACGUUUCCAGUGCAUCGCAGGGAAAGUAUUAAUUGAUUGACCUAAUAUAACUAAUAUCAGAAACUUGUUAAUAAUGUUUUACUAUUUAAAAAUACUUUACUUUUAAAAAUUCUUUUUGUACGUAUCCUCUCUGCUUUAAAUAUAUGUAGAGCUCAAAAGUUCGA